CCUAUGACCCCCUCCCUCGGUACCAGACUACAUCGCUUCCGCUCUUUAGCUCUGACCAAGUGACCAUGCUCUCCGAGCCCCACUGGAUCCCUUUUGUGAACCACCUAUCUUCAAUUGAUUCUUUGGUCGCGGAAACAACGUGCCCCAAAGCUCCACCUCAGUAAAAUGUGAGACGGGGCCGGUCAGCGCCACUUGGUUCUUCUGCACUCCUCAACUCUUGACAUACAAGAACUCAAUGAUCAGUACCACCCUACCGCAAGAAUCUCGUACUACGAUUCCAAAUCUCACGAGAUGAGCUCAUUUGAGUUUCUGGUGUCUUGCUUAUAUAUCUGGAUGUCAUUUAUCAUGAAGGCAUUGGAGCGACAGUGGAGCCCUUUUCUCCAUCGGAUGGUGCUCGUACCCUGGCUCACCCGGCAACCCAACCAUGGAGGCAGCAUGGUCUUUGAACCGACAUCCGCAGGCUUUGAAUCAUGAUCAGCUACAGACUCAAGUACAAGGAAAUAGUAGUUAAAUUUCAGCCCGAUGACAGAUAACAUUGCCGACGGCUCUUCGAAAAUAUCGAAAUGGGGUGAUAAAUCAAGGCUGGGUCACGGUCAACUGGACUUGUAGGGCAAUACAGUAAGACAUUUCCGAGAUGACGGAUAUAAUCAACCAAAACGGAAAGCCAUUAUUCGAUGAUAAAAGCGCGCCGAGCUUGGGGUCACCCUUCGACAAACAACCAUGUCCUCAGCUGCAGGCGCUCCUUCCAAAGUUACCCUUUCUCUUGGGCAUCUACCCAGCAAGAAGAAUCUUAAAACACCUUGGCCGCGAACUCCGAAUCGCGUCGACCCCAACAACCCUCCAUGGCCAGCAUUCAGAGGUUAUCAUGAAUAUUCUUUCGCCCAUGCAACAAUGGCGUCUAGGCUGCCAACCAUUCUCGGUAAAGCAAUCGAUGACACCACUCGAACCUUGAACGAGCAAGCGGACGAAGAAAAAGUCAUUGACCUCGUUCGAUGUAUCGAACGUAUGGAAGGACUCAUGUCCGAUCUCGGAGGCAAUCGCAAGUUGCGGCCAAUCGUCGACGACGGCGAAGCCGAUGUAGCAUUAUGGAACAAAGAGAUCGCCAAGUAUUUCCAGGGCAAAGACUUCAUGAACGCUCCUUGGCUCUUCGCUGAAGCCUACAAAUAUCGCCGUCUCCGCGAAUGUUUUGCGGUUUCAAAACUUUGGAACGAUUACGAUGUUUUCUAUAGACAAAAGUGCGAUACCUUUUCGCGUUCUGCGGAAGCCGUGUUCGAGUUGUCGAUGCGUUUCGCCGAACCAUUUACAUUAGCUGAGAACCUCUCCAUCGAAGAGAAACUAGACGCUGAGCGGCUGAUGUUCCUCGAAUUAACCCAAGUUUGUCUAUGGGGUAAUUCGACCGACCUUUCACUCCUCAUCAACAUGACGGAAGAUCAAAUCAAAGCGCUUCAAUCAACUGGUGGCGAUCAUCUUGCUGCAACCGAAAAGAACAUUCUUGGAAAUCAUCUUCCUAGACUCUGGGAGACAGUUAAAGAACUCCGAGACAAGACUGGAGGCCGAAUUGACUUUGUUCUCGAUAACGCUGGUUUCGAGCUGUACUGUGAUUGUGUCUAUGCCGACUUUUUGAUACAGAGCGGACUCGCUCAGGUUGUUCACUUCCAUGGAAAACGAUACCCAUGGUUUGUUUCCGAUGUGACGAAAAACGAUUGGAGUUGGUUGCUCAACGCUAUGGUAUAUGGCCAUUUGUUCCCCAAAGCCUCUGAAAUGGAGAUGGAGUCCCUCAGAAGACUUGGUCUGCGCUGGAAGCAAUACGAAAAAGAAGGCAAAUGGGUCUAUGAACAACACCCGUUCUGGUGUACCGGUUAUACCUUCUGGAGCUUGCAUUCCGAAGCACCCGAUCUGUUCCUCCACCUUUCUCGUUCCGACUUGGUCGUCUUCAAAGGUGACUUGAACCACCGCAAGUUGACAUAUGAUUGUCAUGCCCCCGCAAGCACACCGUUCGACAUUGCCAUUGGGCCCAUGGCGAGUUCGGCUGGUGCACCAAAGAUUGCUAGCCUGAGAACUGUCAAGAGUGAUGUCGUCGUUGGGCUUGGAGAUGAGGGAGAUGAGCUUGCUGAAAAGCUUGAUAAGGAAGAACCCGGAUGGAAGAUUAGUGGGAAAUAUGCUGUGGUCCUUCUCUCUGAGGGUCGUCCCGGAGAAAAAGUCACUUUUGCAUAGAUUAUUGGAACCGCUUAUAAAAUUUUGUUCCAUGCCUUCUCUACCCCUUCUCUUGCACUGUAUCGUCUUGUUACAUCCGUUACCAAUAGACUGGCCAUGAACUUUCAAUCACCUACUCAUUAUAGUGCAACGGUCAUGAUUAUAAUUACCAUUCCCAUUAUUACAAAACGGUAGUACUCGAUUAAUGUACUUGGAUCGUGGUACAGACAUACAAGAAACAUCAUUGAUUGAAG